UAAUUCAUUAAUAAUUACCCCCACCCCCACCCCCACUGUCGCACCUACCACCGCAAAAAGGGGAGGAAAAAGGAGAGAGAGAGAGAGAGAGAGAGAAAUGUCGUCCGCCGCCGCAGCACUGACGGGUUUCUCUCCGGCCGCGGCGCUCCGGCCGGCGGCGUCGGUGUCGGAGGAGCGGUCGGUGUCGUCGGCGGGGAGGAAGAAUCUGCCGAUCCGGAAGAUCCCGGGGGAUUACGGGCUGCCGAUGGUGGGGCCGAUCCGCGACCGGCUGGCCUACUUCUACACGGAGGGGCGCGACGCCUUCUUCCUGAACCGGGUGCGGCGGCACGGGUCGACCGUGGUCCGGCUGAACAUGCCCCCGGGGCCCUUCGUGGCCCCGGACCCGCGCGUCGUCGCCCUCCUCGACGCCGCCUCCUUCCCCGUCCUCUUCGACACGGCGCUCGUCGAGAAGCGCGACCUCUUCACCGGCACCUUCAUGCCCUCCACCGACCUCACGGGCGGCUUCCGCGUCCUCUCCUACCUCGACCCCUCCGAGCCCAACCACGCCCCGCUCAAGCGCCUCCUCUUCUCCCUCCUCUCCGCGCGCCGCGGCUUCGUCGUCCCCGAGUUCCGUGCCACCUACGGCGCCAUGUUCGAGGGCCUCGAGCGGGAGAUCGCCCGCGGGGGCCGCGCCGACUUCGGCGCCGCCAACGACCGCGCCGCGUUCGACUUCCUCGCCCGCGCGCUCCUGGGCCGCGACCCGGCCGAGACCCCGCUGGGGCUCGACGGGCCCAAGAUCAUCACCAAGUGGGUCCUGUUCCAGAUCGGGCCCCUGCUCUCGCUCGGCCUCCCCAGCCUCGUGGAGGACGCGGUGCUCCACUCCUUCCGCCUCCCCCCCGCGCUGGUGCGCCCGGACUACGCGCGCCUCGCCGAGUUCUUCCGCGGCGCCUCGGGGCCGCUGCUCGACGAGGCCGAGGGCCUCGGGCUGGGCCGCGACGAGGCGCUCCACAACGUCGUCUUCGCCACCUGCUUCAACGCCUUCGGCGGGUUCAAGAUCCUCCUCCCCGGCGCCCGCCUCCACGGCCGCCUCGCCGAGGAGGUCCGCGCCGCCGCGCGCUCCUCCUCCUCCUCCGGCGGAGACGGGGGCGGGGUGGGGUUCCGGGCGCUGGAGGAGUCGAUGCCGCUGACGAAGUCGGUGGUGUACGAGGCGCUGCGCAUCGAGCCCCCCGUGGCGCUGCAGUACGGGCGGGCGAAGCGGGACAUGGUGGUGGAGAGCCACGACUACGGGUACGAGGUGCGGGCCGGGGAGAUGCUGUUCGGGUACCAGCCCAUGGCGACCAAGGACCCGAGGGUGUUCGGCGAGACGGCGGCGCAGUUCGUGGGCGACCGCUUCGUGGGGUCGGAGGUGCUGCGGCACGUGCUGUGGUCGAACGGGCCCGAGACGGAGGCGCCCACGGCCGACAACAAGCAGUGCGCGGGCAAGGACUUCGUCGUCGCCGUCGCCCGCCUCCUCGUCGCCGAGCUCUUCCUGCGCUACGACUCCUUCGACGUCGAGGUCGGCUCCUCCGCCCUCGGCUCCUCCGUGCGCAUCACCUCCCUUAAAAAAGCCACCUUUUGAGUUCCUUUAAUUAAUUCACCCAUUAAUUAAUUAAUGCCUCCUCCUCCUCGCCAUCCCCUUAGGGGGAAGAAGAGGAACAGGGGGUCCUUUGUGAUCUUGGAAAUGUUUGAGGGGGUGUAUUGCGAAAAGGAAAAAGGGGGAUUUUCUUUUUUAAGGUUUACGAGCUGCUUGUGUGAGUGUUUGUGGUACGUGCAUGUGGGCUCCACAUGCACGUUGUGGGGGAAGAGCAUCAAGUAUAUAUACUUGUAUAUAUACUACAGCUCCGAGGUAAUUAACCACAAACAUUUCUAUGCUUUCUCACCUCGUUACGUGUAUUCUACUGUACAAUGUCCGAAGACGUAUUUUGAUAUGAGCAACGCUAAAUCAAUAAUUAUUUUUUGGUUGCUACAA